AUGGAAAAUAAUUCAGCUUCAACACGAAAGAAUGAAAUGAAGAAUGAAAAGUCAAAGAAAAAGAUAACUAUCGAAGUAGAUGAAGAUGAUCCAUUUCAGCAAGCAAAUCAGACACUGAGAUGUUUCGUGAUGUAUACUGAUUUCUAUCGCUGUGAGCAUAUUUUAGGUAAAAGUUCCGAAGCAUGUACGUGGUUUAAAGAUGCUUUCACGACCAUAUGUCCAAAGGCCUGGGUGGAACAAUGGGAUGAACUUAGAACUACAGGCAGAUUACCUUGGCAAAAAUACAGAACUCAAGGCGAAUUCCCCGGCAACAAAUAUGGCGAAUAA